AUGUCAAAAACGUAAACGUGAAGAUGUGUCUUUAUCUGCAGGCAACGGCGUGGUCAUUCAUCUCCCAGGAUUAUUUGAGGAGAUUGACAAGAAUGAGAAAAAAGGUCUGAAAGGAUGGGAUAAAAGGCUGGUGAUCUCAGACCGGGCUCACAUCGUGUUUGACUUUCACCAGGCCGUAGACGGACUUCAGGAGGUUCAGAGACAGGCUCAGGAAGGACAGAACAUAGGAACGACUAAGAAAGGCAUCGGCCCGACGUACGCCUGCAAAGCGUCUCGCACCGGGCUCCGCAUCUGUGACCUGAUGGCUGACUUCAGCGACUUUUCCACCCGGGUGAAGAACCUGGUGCAGCAGUAUCAGUCCAUGUACCCGGCGCUGAAGGUGGACGUGGAGGGCGAGCUGAAGAAGCUGAAGGACUACGCCGAGAGGAUCAGACCGCUGGUCAGGGACGGAGUCUACUUCAUGUACGACGCAAUUCACGGGCCGCCCAAGAAAAUCCUGGUGGAGGGAGCGAACGCGGCGCUGCUGGACAUCGACUUCGGUCAGGAUCUGUGUGUGUGUGUGUGUGU